GCGGUGUUUAGCUGUCGCUUUAAGACCGAUUUCCCCCCAUUGUCAAACAGUCGUGAGCAGGAAGAGGGAAACGAAAGCAGAGACCGAGGGAGCCCGACGUAUUUAAACACGAUGCUGCUGCCGCACAAUAACGGUGACCACGGCUGCAUACAGUGGAGCGCGUCUGCAGCCCGCUCAGUUAAAAAAGACGCACGGACACGGAGAUCCCCGCAAGUGACCUUUUGAUCGGAUUGAUGGUGUUUUAAUUUACUAAACGGACAGUCCGCAAAGUCGCUGCAGGAUGAUAAAAUAUAGACUUGUGAGACAUGUAAGUGUCACCGCGGGUCAUUGCCUCAGGAAAUGAUGACAGUCUCCUCCAUCAUCGCUUAGCUGUUUAGAGUGAAAUUGCCUUCUCUUGCGGCCAUUUCCUCAAUUGCUUAUUAAUUUAACACACGAAAAGCUUAAACCGGCGUCUUGGAGGCUGUGGGAGCAGGUGCAGCGCGUCUUGGCUUUGGUCUGCCCGCAGGCAGCUUCACAGGUAGCCGCUGCUGUGGACUCUGAAACCUAAUCUGGAUCCGGCUGGACAUCAUAUCUUAGACAUGACAUCCACUAUAGAGAGGAAGACACUGGAAGCCAAUGAGGAGCCGGUGGAUGAGGUCCUCCAGAUGCCCCCGUCUCUGCUGACAUGUGGUGGGUGUCAGCAGAGCAUCGGUGACAGAUUCUUCCUAAAGGCCAUCGAGCAGUACUGGCAUGAGGACUGCCUGAGCUGUGACCUGUGUGGCUGUCGACUCGGGGAGGUGGGCCGCCGGCUCUACUACAAGCUGGGAAGAAAACUAUGUCGGAGAGACUACCUCAGGCUUUUCGGUCAGGAUGGUCUCUGUGCUUCCUGUGAGAAGAGGAUUCGAGCAUUUGAGAUGACGAUGCGUGUGCGGGACAAGGUUUACCAUCUGGAGUGCUUCAAGUGUGCCGCCUGCCAGAAGCACUUCUGCGUGGGUGACCGCUACCUGCUCAUCAACUCAGACAUUGUGUGCGAGCAGGACAUCUUUGAGUGGACCAAACUCAACAAUAACAACAUGGUUUAGCAGAUACUCUUGCUCAACAUGAAGGAGCAUCCCCCUGUCUUUUUCCCAUGCUGGCUUUGAAAGGAACAAACCAUUGGUAAACUGACUUGUUGCAGUCUGUGCAGGCUUUAUCAUGCAUCUGACAUUUACAUGGAAUAAUUGUAACAUUAAAAGAGAGGCUAUAUCUCUGCAUGGCUCCCUGCUGGAGACUAAUGAAGACUGCACCAGCAAUAACAAAGCUUUUCAUCUAAGGCUUCAUCCUUAAAUACAAAAAAUGCUUAAAUACUGAAAAUACUUAAACAUCCAAUAAUAUUUGUUUUUUAUACACAUUGGAAUUUUAGAACUUUAGCAAUGAACAAAAACUAAAUCUUUGUCAAGUUUCUUGUAGUCAAACACUGUUUCAUCACCUCAGUCUGGUCCGGAGAAUGAGAAGGAGGUUUUAUUUUAUGGAUAGGUAAUUUCCUGAGAAUUAUUACUAUAUUUGUAUCGUUAAUCUGAAUCUGCAAAGUAACUUAAGUUAUCAAAUAAAUGUAGUACAGUAAAAAGUCCUCUAUAUUUCCCUCUGAAACGUAGGCUAUUGGAGUAGAAAUAUAUAGUAGCAGAAAAUGGAAAUACUCAAGUACAAGUACCUCAAAAUUGUACUUAAGUACAUACUUGAAUAAAUUUACUUACAUUCCACUACUGGUACUAAUUAUAGGGGAAAUAUAAACUUCAUUGAAGGAACUGCUCUAUUUUAAAUCCAAGUAAAUAUUGAUUCAUUAUUCAUGAAUUAUUGGAAGUUUAAUAUUUCAUAUAUGUUGAAUUAUACUUGCAUGUUCAACCUGCUGCAUUGACUAUCUGCUUUUUAUAUGACUAGUUUUGUAUGAAACUUCCCUAGGAAAAUAGUAAUAAUUUAUUAGUAAAUUACAGACCUGUAAAAUUAAACAUUACCAGAUUGUCAUGUUACAAAUGGAAUACAAAGUCCAUAUUAUAAUGUCCCUGAUCAGAACGAUUGCACUGUAUUGCCAGGUUCAACUGGUGGCGCCCUCUAGUGAUCAAGGUAUCCCAUGCAAUACUGAUUUUACUGACUUUGGAGCUGUUUCCAGUCUGUCUUUUGUAAUUGUUACACCUCUCUGGAUAUGCACCCAUGGCUUUUUGAAUAUUUACUAUUAAAUACAUUUCAAGUAG